AUGAAAACAGUCAUUAAAACAUACGAUUGGAAAAACAAGGGCAUUAUUCUAUCGGCUUAUAUGUGGGGUCUGGCAAUUCCUCAACUAUUCGCUGGUUGGCUGUCAUCACGUUAUAAUAUAAAACGAAUAUUAAUAUCCAUGAUGAUAACUGCCUCUAUUAUUGGAUUCCUAAUACCUGUAGCAGCUGCUAAUUUUGGAUCCACUGGUGUAAUAAUCUGCCGAUUGAUUCAAGGUAUGGCACUAGGUACCACUGGUCCUUGUCAGUUUAGCCUCUAUGGAAAAUGGAUACCGCCAAAUGAGCGAUGCACAUUAAUGGGAGUAGUAUUUUCAGGUGAUUUACUCGGUAUAAUUGUUUCAAUGUUUUUGAGUGGAGUGUUGGCAGCUAGCCGUUUUGGAUGGCCUUUAGUAAUCUAUAUCUACAGUACCAUAGGCCUUUUAUGGAGUGUACUGUUUGCUUUUGUCGCUAGUAAUAGCCCUGCCGAACAUUCUACAAUUACCAAAGAAGAAAGGUAUUAUAUUCAGUGGAGUUUAUCGCAGAAUCAUAAGAGGAAGUAUAUAACACCAUGGAGGAAGAUAUUGACUUCAGCUUGUGUAUGGUCCAGUAUAGUCUCAAAAGCUGGUAGUUUUUUUGGAUUUAUACUGAUCUUAACUCAAAUCUCGAAUUAUAUGAAAAAUGUUUUAAAGUUUGAUAUAAAAGAAAAUGGUAUAUAUAGUGCAUUACCAUAUAUUUGUACUUUUGUCGCUGUGUCCCUGUUUGGAUAUAUUUCAGACAAAAUAACAUCACGAAAUAUAUUGAGUGUGACUACUACACGAAAACUAUUCGUAACAAUAGGUACCAUAUUUCCAUGCUUGACACUACUUUUGAUCACCUUAUCCAAACCAGAGGAGAAAGUUAAAAUUAUAAUAGCUUUUGCGUUGACUGUAAGCCUUGAUAUGGCGGGAAAUAUACAAGGAACUGGAAUAAACAGCGUUGAUUUGUCACCAAAUCAUGCUGGCUUCAUCGAGGGUCUGUCAAAUCAAGUAUCACAAAUACUAUCAUCGUUAUCACCACUUUUAGUUGAUUUAUUUGUAUCUAAUGAAGAAAAUAAUGCUCAAUGGAAUAUUGUACUUUACAUCAGUCUCGGUAUUCGAAUUGUGUCCGCUACAAUAUUUUUAAUAUUUGGAUCUGGACAAGUUCAGCCUUGGAAUGAAGAAAUACUUGCUGACGACUAAUUGGGACUAUGUACAUAUGUGUUUUACUCCAGUAUAUAUAACAAACAGUAAUGACACUCUGCGACCUUGGUGACGUCACGAAUUUCUUUCACGCAGACAGAUUGCGGAGAAAAUUCGCAGAACUCACUGCGCUUCUGCAUACUUUCAAUCUUAAAGGUUUGACUAACAACUUAGAUGCAUAGUAGCACAGUUGCUGCUGGUUUAACUUUGUACAUUCGUUUUAAUACGUUGUCCCUUGAAGCUGUUGGAACUACUGAGAUCAUUCAAAGAUUUGAUAAUUUAUUUGAUCUAUUUAAUUCGUCUUAUAUUUAUAUCUAGGCCCUACAAUAAGGCUUUUAGUAAUUCUGAUUACCAGAAACAUUUUUCAUUGAGCCAUUCCGGUCGUAAUUUUUCGCCUCAGAUGACAGAUAUCAAGAUGAGCUGCCUUUACAAAAUGAAACUUCAAAGGCGCUGACGAAAGUGUCACUACUGUUUGUUUUUAAUACUGUGGUUUUAUCAUGUUUUUGGUAAAAGCACUUUUGUGAUAAUUUUAAAAUAAAUAAAACUGUAAUAUAUU